AGCCGAUGAUACUGAAUCAGAAACCCUAGCGAGUGUGAGAGCCCUAGCGAUUAGCCUCUUUCAUCAGUGUGCCCAAAGCCUCUCACCUUGCUUCAACAAUGGCGGCCGCGAGGACUGUGAAGGACGUUUCACCUCACGAGUUCGUGAAGGCCUACUCGGCUCAUCUCAAGCGAUCCGGCAGGAUGGAAUUGCCUGAGUGGGCAGAUAUUGUCAAGACAGCACAAUUCAAGGAGCUAGCUCCUUAUGACCCUGACUGGUAUUAUGUGAGAGCUGCCUCCAUGGCAAGGAAGAUCUACUUGAGGGGAGGUCUUGGUGUUGGUUCUUUCCGAAGGAUUUACGGUGGGAGUAAGAGGAAUGGAAGUCGUCCACCCCAUUUCUGCAAAAGCAGUGGUGCUGUUGCACGGAACAUUCUACAGCAGUUGCAGGAAAUGAACAUUAUUGACCUUGACACCAAGGGGGGGAGGAAAAUCACCUCAACUGGUCAGCGGGAUCUCGACCAAGUUGCUGGAAGGAUUGUGGUUGCCCCUUGAUCAAUGAAUUGUUUGAGGUCUGGUAGCGGCACUCCGCUAUAAUUUUAGGUGUCAAUUUUUGUUUGCUGGAGAAAUGUUGCAACGUAGCGUGUGUUAGACAAUUUUUUAUUCCUGUUAUUGAGUGUUUUACUAAGACAGACAUUGUCAGUAUUUUGUUUUGGAGUUUUGCUGCUUUGACAUAUUUAGUUUUACUAAAUUCUAAAUACUAUGAUAUAUGUCUGAUGUC